AUGUCUCAAGGCACAGUGGAAGGUGAGCGCAUAGCUCUGCACGAUCAUGCGGGCGAGAGCGCUGUAGAGCACGGGCUGCGUCACGGCCAUGUCGAAGACGAAACCCUCGAGUCGGAUACGGCAACCCAGCUAGAGUCGCGAUGGAAGAGAACCAGCGUCCUCGUGGGCUCAGCGGUGCUGCAGCUGCCAAUUUGGGGCUUCGCCAUGAGCUACGGUGUCUUCCAGGAAUACUACUUCACCAACUGGACGCUACAGGGGAGCCGGGACCUGACUGGCAUAAUCGGCACGACGGCCAAUGGCGUCACAUACCUCUCGAUGCCUUUUCUCUUUGCUCUGUUCACGAGGCGUUUAGCCCAUCGGCGCCAGACGGCGGCAAUGUGUGGUGCGUUGCUUACGGCACUCAGUUUCCUGCUGUCUUCGCUUAGCACCCACGUCUGGCAUCUAGUGGCCACCCAAGGAGUCAUGGCGGCUUUCGGAAGCGCGCUGAUGUAUAGCCCGACUACGCUGUCGCUGGGCGAAUGGUACAGUACUAGCAAUCGGGCAUUGGCGUACGGUGUAACACUGUCCUGCAAGAACAUAGUGGGAUCUGCAUCCCCCUUUUUACUGCGGGUAUUGCUGGAUCGCUAUGGCUUCAGGAUGGCGUUACGGGUUCUGACGGCCAUUGUAGCCGUCACCAGUAUCCCGGCUGUCUUUUUGAUACCAACCCACCCGUCGAGUGUGUCUCCUAAUGCGUUCAGGACUAGAAAGAUUCCCUGGGAAUUCCUCAAGCACCGCACAUUCUGCGUAUACAGCGUUGCCAUCAUACUGCAGAGUUCUGGCUAUGGCAUCCCGCAAACAUAUCUCAAUACUUACGCCUCCGAAGUCACCAUGCUGUCUCAGACCUCUGCGACACUGCUGCUCACGCUGUUCAACAUUCCCGGCAUCAUGUCUUCGUCAUUCUUCGGGUAUCUGAGCGACAACAAGCGCUACCCCAUGUCGGCGACGACUGUGACUGCUAUAUCUGCUGUCAGCUCAGCCUUGUCAGCUUUCCUCUUCUGGGGGCUGACCUCUCCCGGCAGUAUGGCACUGUUGGUCUUGUUCUCUGUGACAUUCGGUUUCUUCGCCGGAGGCUACAGCGCCACGUGGGGCGGUGUCAUCAAUGAGAUGGCAUCAGAAGCUGUAAAGCACAACGAAGCUAUUGACACCGGCAUGGUGUAUGGCUUAUUGAACGGCGCUAGGGGAAUUGGAUACGUUGUUGGUGGUCUUGCCGGCGUCCCACUUCUCAGUGCUGGCAGCAAUGGCGCAAUAGGCAACUUCGGGUAUGGUACCACAUACGGACCCUUGAUCAUAUUCACUGGGCUCUCCUCGGUCUUCGGUGGCUGGGGACUUCUGUGGAAGUGGAAGCGACUCGUGUAG